GUUACAUUAAAAUAUGGUGUGGGCUCUUCUCCGUUAAGGAAUUCUAUCUCAUCCUAGUGUUCGUAAAUAAUUGACAGCUUUUGAGUGCCUUCGUCGCGUCAGUUUCUCAUCUAGGAAGUGUGGAUUCUGUUUCUUUUUCAGACGCGAAAAAACGCGAUUCUUUGAUUGUUAAACAAGAGGAGGUAUUGUAUUCUUUGCAGAUACAAACAUUUCCUAAGCGAUAAAGCACUUAGGCUUUUAUAACUUUUGUAUUUUCCUACCAUUCAUCAUACGCGCAUAUAGUGAAAUGAAAAGGAAAUGAUUUCCCAUAUGGACAAAAGUGAGAGAAUUCGAGUUCGAUUCUAAAAAAAGCGUUUUUCUAUCGUAUCAUUUGCAAGUUCCUUGUUUAUUUCUAUUAAAUGGACAUUUUGUUUUCAUGCUUCUCUUCCAACAUCUUGUUUUGGUUUCCUCGAAAAUGAAUAAGGAUAAAGAACGAGCCCCGCGGUGAUUUUGGAAACCAGGAUUUUCUCACAUUAUACAGGUUGUGCUUUUCCUCAACCGAAGGAAGUUGUGCGCUGUAACUUUUUUUUUUAGAGGUUGGAGUUUGUUAUUUAUUUUCCUUGAAAACGGACCCGAUUUUUCAGCCGGUUGAGCUCCAUUUUCUGCUCUAACGAGGUUCCAACUUGGCAAGUGAAUGGCUCAGUCAUUCUUCACCAUUCCUGUCUUUCUUUGUCCUCAAAAACGUUCAUUUUAGUGAAGAAGCCAUGGAUUCGAAUUUGGCGAGUCAGGCAUCUUUGCCGCAGCCUGAAAUGGCUCAUGCAUCACAAUUGGAUUCUGUAAAUCGGUUUAAUCCUCGUUUUAUGUUUCAACAAAACGAAGAUUUCGUUAAUCCACGUCCAUUUGCCAGUCAAUCUUCUCGUAAGUCUGCUGAAGACCAAGAAUAUGAGAUUCGCAAACUGGCUUCUGAGUUCGAAAAUUGUUCUCUCGACUCGAUUGCUGAGAAGAUUCGAAUGGAUCCUUAUGGUGGAAGUGCCGAAAAGCUGCGCCAAAUUUUUGGAGUUUGCUGGCUUAAGCAAUCCUGUGAAGACCAAGAAGACGCCGCUGUUCAGAGAAAUCAAAUUUAUGCACAGUAUGUGGAUGCUUGCAAUAUUUAUCAUGUGAAAACUCUAAGUUCUGCUUCGUUUGGUAAACUUGUUCGCAUGCUAUUCCCUACCAUUAAGACUCGGCGGCUUGGCACUCGAGGUCAUUCAAAAUACCACUAUUGUGGCUUAAAACUACGUGGUCAUGAACCAUUUCGAAAGCAUCGUCGUAUAUCUGAUUCCAGUGUUUCUCCUGAUUCUUCAUUAUCGUUUACGAAAUCCCUCUCUUCUAACUUCGAUACCGAUGCUGGCCAAAUGCCUCCUGCUUAUCCUCCUUCUGUUGACCCUACUACUACUCCCGUAACAGCGAAAGCCAGCGCUACCUCUCUUUCCGACCCAUAUACCUCUUCCUCACCUCCAAUUUCUUUGUUGACUUCUUCUGUCAACAUGCAACCGCAUUCCUCCAGCUCUCCUAGACUUUUUUCAUCUCAACCUUCUACCAUACCCACUCAACUUCCUCCCCAACCUCUGCCAUCGAAUUCUGCAUUUUCAUCUUCUGUUCACCAUUUUACAUCUCCAUUCACAUCUUCAAACUCAAAUCUUGGCCCAUCCAUGCGUUCUGAUACAAACGCUAAUUUUUGGUAUGCUCAAAAUUCGGUUUAUAAACUGAAGCUUAAGUUUUUACCCCCUCAUAAACUUCCCUGGAUUCCUUCAUUAGAUAUCUCUUCCUUUUCACUACCUCCUAUUGAUUAUUAUUUAAGUACCGCUUUUGAUAAUCACGAGGCAAAGGUUGCACUCAUGACGGUAUAUUCCUCUCAUUGCAUUACCCUUAUUGAAUCAAUUCGUUACAUGCAUCUCAAGCAGUUCCUUUCCGAAAUAUCUAGUUUCCCGGAAAGCCUUUCUCCCUCUCUUCUUGCAUUACUUGCUUCGCCCUUCUUUUCGAAAUGGAUUGAGCAAUCGGAUACGAUAAUGUAUCGAGAAAUACUAAAACUUUUGUUUCCCAUGACAUUACAAGUGGUGCCGACUCCUGUCUUGGUGUUGCUGCGUCAUUUGACGGAAAACCUUCUUAGUCACAUAUCUAGUAUUUACAGCUCUCAUUCACCUUGUCUAGCACAAGUAAAAAUCGAAACUGCUGCUGCCUUUAGUAAUCUUUUGUCUCGUCUUUUAAGGGUAAAUGAUACGGCUCAUGCUGCAGCUAGAUUUCUGGCUAAUCCCGCCGACAGGCAACUCAUUUGUUGUGAUUGGGAACGAUUCGUAAAUACUAAAGUGAUUGUGUGCCGAGAAGUAAUGUAUAAUAAUAAAGAGGCGGUAAACGCUCUUGACGAAUGGUUUUCUCUCCUUUCGACUUGCUCUAGUCCUUCAGAGCUUCUUGAUCCUUUAAAAGAAAAGUCAAACGUUAAUGACAUGGCUAUGCACAGGAUAGAGUUGCGUCAAAUCGAUGGAAUUUUAGACAGAAUGGCCGAUUUCUUUUUGGAAUUGCCUUCAAGAUUCCCUUCUUGCUCCCCGCGAAUGUUUUUGCUUUAUUUAAGUGCACUUCAAACAAGUGUACUUCGGGAAAUUACGGUUGGCGGGGGUAAAGCAUUUGGUGCUUUAUGGGUUAUACGAUGUUGGGUCGAUGAAUACAUGACUUGGGUUGCUGAAAUUGGGGGGUUCUUGGAUGACGGCAAUGAUGAAGUAUCUCAUGCUCACUUCCAUAGUAAUGAUGCCUUAUCCUCCGAGCAGUUAGCGCAAUCCUUACAUUCUCGCCAGCACAUUCCCCAGCAAUUUCCUUCGAAAUUUCAAAAUGAGGUAUCUCCGCUCCAUCCUCAGCAAGAACAACCUACUAAACCAGCUGUAUGGGAUGCUUAUGACACUAUACAGAAGCAAAGGGAAGAAGAUUAUAUGUCUAUUGUUUUUGAUACAAAUGGUGCUUGUAGCUGAUGUAUAUUAAGGAAGUGUUUUCUUUUUUUAUUAUUGUUUCCUUCAAUACUGGGUUUAUUUUAAUUGUCGUUCAUCUUAUUAAGAUAUGUGUUUAUGAAUAUCCUUGUUUUGCCUUAAGUACUUGGGAAAAGUAUAGGAUACACGGCAAACUUUCAUUUGAUUCUUUAUUCUUUUAUCUUUGGUUCUUUCGAUGUCAUCCGUCAUUUUUGCUUUUUGGUUAUCUAAUUUCAUUCAUUUUCAUUUGGUUACGGCAUUUGUAAUAGAAGAUACUUUUUCGUGGUCUGCA